AUGAAAAAGUCGGUCGAAAGCCUCAUCGAUCAUGUUCGUUCCGACAGCAUUGUUGAUCUCCAACCGUUAUUCUUUCGCUUGACCUUCGACACGACGACAUUCCUGCUUUUUGGCAAAACAUUGAGCUCUUUGCAAAGCAGUGACAUUGCUGGACAAGAGUCUGAGUUUGCAGCAGCCUUUAAUUUGGGACAGGAUUACUUGUCACAUCGUGGCAGGCUGGGAGAGUUGUACUGGCUUGCGAGUACUCCCGAGUUCUGGCAAGCUUGCAAGACUUCUCAUCGCUUCGUUGACGACGCGAUUCAAAGAGCACUGGACAAUGCGGAGAACACGAAACAAGAGAAAGUAGAAGCCGAGGACAGGAAGCAUUAUGUGUUUAUCGACGCGCUCAUCCAAGAGACUCGGAACAAGAAGGAACUUCGCGACCAGUGUCUCAAUGUUUUACUGGCGGGCAGAGACACAACAGCAUGCUGCCUCACCUGGACCUUGCGCUUGCUGGUCCGUCACCCUAAAGUUUUGGAAAGGUUACGUUCGGAAAUAGAGGCAGUAGUAGGCCUCGGACAGCAUGCGCCUCAGCCAAGUCGGGUGGAUCUGAAGAAGAUGAGGUAUCUUGAUCUCAUUCUGAAGGAGGUACUUCGCCUCUACCCAUCCGUGCCGGUCAACUCUCGUGCAGCAUUGAAGACGACGACACUUCCUGUUGGAGGAGGCCCAGAUGGAAAGUCGCCGAUAUUGGUCAGGAAAGGCGAGGCUGUCGGUUACUGCGUAUACGCUAUGCAUCGACGUACAGACAUCUACGGCGAAGAUGCACUCGAGUUCCGCCCUGAGAGGUGGGAGGAUGGAUCACUGUUGCGAGAUGUGGGUUACGGGUAUCUUCCCUUCAACGGCGGGCCACGGGUUUGCCUGGGUCAAGAGUUUGCCCUGCUGGAGGCGGGAUAUACCGUAGCGAGGUUGGUACAAAUUUUCCCUUCCAUGACUGUUCCGAAGAAUGACCCUGUUGUCCCUACUGGCCGGGAAAAGCAGACCUUGACGUUGGUAGUUGCUUCGGGAGAUGGAUGCCGUGUACACAUGCGCUCGUAG